UUUGGGAUUGGACGCCUCCUCACGCCUCAAAUAUCUUGGUGGUGUUGGGAAUGCUUGGCCUGCGUGAACAAUGCCACAUAGUGUCUGCCACAUAACACGAAUGUCUUGUACACAGUAGUUAAACCGACCACGUCAGGCCUGUGUCAGAAAUCCUAUUCCUCCUGUUCCCCAGGAACGGUUGCAUUUUUAAAUCCGCGCGUCCAUGCAACUUGCGUGAACGACUUAGGAAUCAAGAUACCCAAGUUUGGACAUUCCUCACGCGACUCACCCAAUUCUCCCCGCUCCCCUGCAGCUGCGCCCCGCCCUGCUGCUCAAUCAUCGACAUCGAACCCCUGCAGUCGCUCAACGGUCAGGCACCCCACCACGACCUCAUUAACACCAUUAACACCACCUUAUCAACACCUCCCCACAAACACGACCUCCAUCAACAACACCAUCAUGGGGCGCUGGUCACAUCUCGAUAGCGACGAGGACCGCCUGCCCGCUGGCAUGACGCGGGUCGGCUACGACGCCGACACCCAAGUCUACACCUACCGCGACAGCGACGGCAGCUAUUGGGAGGGCGCGCCGGGCGUGCAGUACGGCAAGAUGUACCGGGUGCGGCAGGCAGCGCCGGUGCUGCCCAGCGCGUACGUCACGAGCGACCAGGAGUCCUGCAGCAGCUACGUCCUGCACGACUACGACCCCGACGACUCCUACGACGAGGACAGCGUCGACUCCGACAUGCACACCCUCACCGACGAAGAGAAACAAUCCCCCACCACCACCACCACCACCACCACCACCGUCAUCGUCCCCUUCCCCGACAAAGCCGUCCUCCGCACCUCCAUCAAACGAAAACCCAUCCCAAACACAACCACAACCACGACCCCAACCGCCGACCCCGACCCCGACACCACAGACACCCUCAGCCUCGCCUCCACGCUCGUCGACAGGGCCGAGAGCAUCCGCAGCCGCAUCAUCGACACGGCCAGAACCAACCGCGAGAUCCAGCAACAGAAUGUGUCCAACAACAACAGCGCCGGGGCCGGCGGCCUGAGACGGACGGGCACACUGUCCCGGCUGGCGCGGUUCCUUGGGUCGUCGUCGUCGUCGUCGUCGUCGUCGUUGUCGUCAGGAGUUGCGCGCCGCGCUACGGUGGGUGGUGGUGGUGGUCAGAAUGGGCAGUGGCCUGGAUCUGGGCCGGCUAGGCAGGGGGGUGGGAAUGGGGCUGGGGGUGGUGGUGGUGGUAGUGCGAGGGCGGCCAGGGCAAGGAAGCGGGCGACGACGUUUGAUGAGAUUUUGGGGGAGGGGCAGUAAAGUAAGCCUGCGUGAGGGGGCUGUUGUGUUGGUGUGGGUCACGCUGAGGAAUUAUGAACUGGAGUGGGGACUGGCCGGAGUUUAUGGUUGGUUUUCUUGU